AAUGUUUUCCACAAUGAGAGAAGAUUGUGUUCAGUUAGAAGGAGAUCUUGAUUCUGCAUCAGUGAAUCCGGGGGAAGACUCGUUGUCGUUAGCAGCGGAGCUGACCGCGAUCCCAUUUGCCAGGUUUCUCCAGGAAGCAGAGACAUGCACUUCCAUAGCGUUUUGCCGACUUUCUUCUUUCUCGUUCCUUCGCACGUCUAGAGUCUCGACAACCGUAAUAAAAACUGAGUCCUACAAUUACAGUUUUUUGGAAAGUCCCUAUACAUCGCCUGUGGCUCCGCGUAGGACCGUUAAUUCAAUUCGCACGGGAGACUUACUUGGGCCUAGCGAUGGCAACGCCCUCUCAGCUAGUCCCAGCAGCAUUGGGUCCAGCUACGUUGACUGGGGGUCCAAUAUGGGCUCCCCAACCUCAAAGCAUCACAGAUUGAACGACAAGUAUGACAGAAUGAGUGUGAGAACCUUACGCACAGUUCAACCGUCAUCUCGUUCCCUAGUUCAAACAUACCCUGCAGGAGAAGCUGGAUGAAAUGGCAUCCCAACUGGUCUCAGGUCCUCGACGCACUCUUGGAUCCGGUCGUAAAAAAAGACUUUUCAAAGGGGCGAUUGCCCAAGACUUUGCUGACUUACAGCGAAGAAAUACCCGCACGAGAUUAGGAGAACAAUUUAGUACCUUACUGGGGAGGCGAAAUGUCAGCACCCCCACGCUAGAAAGGUACUCGACCCGAAAUCUUCGAAGAGAGGAAAUGAGGGCUAGAUAUAGCACACCAGAAUUCCAGCGGAAGAAGCCUGUAGCUGAUGAAGAUGACCCGCUACUUCUAAACGUGGGCACAGGUUUGCUUUUGCAACGGACGAAAGAGCAGCCAAUGGUCCGCUGGACCAAUGCACCGCCAUCGAAGAAUCCUUUCUUGGAUGAGCCUAAAGUAAUACCAUGGGUAAGAAGGUACACUGCGAAGCUUGUGACAGUAGUCAUGUCAAUCCGAUAUAUUUCUAGUCCACACCUGGGCCUCGAAUACGAAGACACGAAGCGGUAGGACAGGACUACAUGGAUGCAGUGGAGCUCCACCCCUCUUUAGACAAUUGGUCCCGACCGAAUGCACACGAAACUUGGGCUGAUCAGCGUCAGAUCCAAUUCAAGGGGAUAACUUUUGUGUCAGGAAGUGGCUCACCAAUCAGAAGCGGCACUCCACCAUUGAGGAGCCUGCAGUUUUCACCGUUUGCGCGGGAUAAAAGACAGGAAGAGGGAGCCGUUCAAACAGAUGUCAAUCCCACUUCCGAAGGUGGUGCUUUACCGGAUGUACGGACGUCGUCUGAAUCAAAUAUUUACGUUCGACAGCUGAGACAUCUUGGCCCAUCGGCGGAUCUAUUUGCAUUUAUGCCUCAAGAAGAUGGAGAAGCAGUUGCAGACAUUGACAAUACCAGCAACACAGCGGAUCAACCAGGGAUUGGAAAGUGGCCAGGGGUAAUGAACCAAGCUAUACAGGCCGCAGUCCUUAUAGAAAAUGAGACAGAAGGCGCUUGCAAAUCGCAAUUCGGUGAGCCGUAUCGCAAUGCGGAUAACCUUCCUCUCGGUCCUACACAUCGUACUGCAUCUUUUAACAGUGAUUUGCUUGAUGUGGACUUAACGAUUGAAGAGCUGGAAGCAUUGGAUCGCCUUGAGAAAGAGGCGCUAGGGCAAGCCGACACAGUGACAACUAAUCACAACACGGACACGGCGACAGCGAAAAAUGCACGAACAAACAUGCUCUUUGCCAGGAAUGACCAGAAAUCCAUCAGCGAAUCGAAAUCAUUGCAAGAUAUCCUUUCUGCCGACCGCCUUGAGCAACAUGCACGGUUUGCUCGCGGGGGUGGAGAAGGCGCAGCCAGUAAACCUGAAAGCAAUACGUUCCAAACGACAAUGGAUUUAUUGCCAAAGUACCCAUCCAAGUUUUACGGCCAUAAUAACCCAACGACGUAUCCUAGUCCCCCAGAUGACAGACUUAAGUCGAAGGUAUAUCGCAAAUGAUGCAGUAUGUGAAAGCGUAUUACAACGUGAUCCCUAUUACAAAAUUCUGACAAAGAUGUAAGAAAUGUAUUAUUCUAAAUCUGGCGAACUGUGGCUAGCUUUGUUGCAAUAAAUACUAUCCUUUCA